AUGAAAAUCCUUCAUUUUCUCACUUUACUGCUUUGGCAUUUGACUUGGUUGUCUCUGGAUCUAGUUCCUGGAGCACUGAGUAAUUCUGAAGCAGGCCAGGGUAAUCCAGGAUCUAAACUAGGUUUUUUAAAAGCAGAAGGAAAGGAGAGGAAUCCUUCCACACAGGCAGGUACACUGAGGACUGCAAGCCAUGGAUACAGAGCUGGGACCUUAAAGGCCAGAACUAAAAGCAGUGCUGUUCAGGCUGGAGCUCUGCUGGCCAAGAACGAUGACUCAAAGAAGGUACCCUCAAGAACAGCAGCCACAGAGGGCAAGGUAGGACAUGUCCCCAGCAGACCUUCUGGAGUAAGGACAGUAACUCCAAAGGUUCAAAAUCUUAGCAGCAAGGUGGCUUUGAAAAAAACUGGCACAAGCAGUACUGACAGUGAUUCUUUCAAAACCAAAAAGACUAAAGAGCGUGUAACCCAGAGGGAAGCUAAGGAAACUUUCCGACAUCCCCCGAUAACGCCACACGAAUACAUGCUCUCUUUGUACAGGACUCUCUCAGAUGGAGAAAGAAAGGGUGUUAAUGGAAGCGUAAAACUGGAGGCUGGACUUGCCAAUACAAUAACCAGCUUUAUAGACAAAGGACAAGAUGAGCGAGCAUCAACUAUAAGAAAACAAAAAUAUAUUUUUGACAUCAGUGCAUUAGAAAAAGAUGGUUUGCUGGGAGCAGAGCUUCGAAUAUUGAGAAAAAAACCUUCUGAUACAUGGAAGUCUCAUUCUUCUGGAAAAACUUCCCAAGUGAAAUUGUUUAGCUGCUCUACAAACAGACAAGCCUCAACACUCUUAGACUCUCGGACUGUCAGUAUCACUGAUACACCCAAGUGGGAAGUGUUUGACAUCUGGAAACUUUUCAGAAACUUUAAAAACUUGGUUAACUUGUGUUUUGAACUGGAAACUUUUGACAGGGGGAGAGCUGUUGAUCUCAGGAGUGUGGGAUUUAAUAGAACAGGAAGGCAGGUCAAUGAAAAGGCUCUGUUCUUGGUGUUUGGGAGGACCAAAAAAAGAGACUUGUUCUUCAAUGAAAUCAAAGCUAGAUCUGGCCAAGACGACAAAACUGUUUAUGAGUACUUGUUCAACCAGAGGCGGAAGAGAAGAGCUCCUCUAGCAACACGGCAAGGGAAGAGGCCCACCAAGAAUCUGAAGGUGAGGUGUAGCAGAAAAGCCCUCCACGUGAAUUUUAAGGAUAUGGGCUGGGAUGACUGGAUAAUAGCUCCUCUGGAAUAUGAGGCAUAUCACUGUGAAGGGCUCUGUGAAUUCCCCCUCCGAUCCCACCUGGAGCCCACCAACCACGCAGUUAUCCAGACAUUAAUGAACUCGAUGGACCCCGAAUCCACCCCCCCAACUUGCUGUGUGCCAACCCAGCUGAGCCCCAUCAGUAUCCUUUUCAUUGACUCUGCAAACAAUGUGGUCUACAAGCAGUACGAGGACAUGGUGGUGGAGUCGUGUGGUUGUAGGUAG